CGAAAAUAUUCACGUGUGUGUUUUGCCGAGAAAACACACUGUUCUACAUCUUGUUGCUGCAUGUUUCUGACCCUACAUUUGACAGCAAUAAUUUAUCAAAAAUGGGGAAGACAAUUCAAAAACAGAAAAGGAAGGAGAAAAUCAAUCAAUCUGCUUCGAGUUCCAAUCCUGAUCGAAUCGAUGGAGCAGGAGGCCACAACAUGCGCGACCGCGCUACCAUCAAGCGUCUUAAGAUGUACAAGGGUGGCAAGCCAACAAGAAAUGCCAAAGGAAAGAUCACCAAGCCGGCCAUUUUCCAGUCUAAACUGCCAUCAGGAACAGUCGCCAGGGUUGAGCCUAACCGAAGGUGGUUUGGUAACACCAGAGUGAUCACACAGUCAGCACUGCAGACCUUCCAAGAAGAGAUGGGCAAAGUAUUGAAGGAUCCGUAUCGAGUUGUGAUGAGAAAGACGAAACUACCCAUCACGCUACUGCAAGAGAAGGCUAAGAAUGCAAGAGUUCAUCUGCUAGACACAGAGAGCUUUGAGACUACCUUUGGCCCCAAGAAACAAAGAAAGAGACCAAACCUGAAGUUUGCUGACAUGGAGAGUUUCAUAAAGACAGCAGAGGACUCUACUGAGCAGUACGACGUAGAGAAAGACAAAGAUUUAGUGACGGAUGAUGACGGGGUCAGACCAGAGGUCAGGGAGUGGAUCUUUGGAGCUGGACAAUCUAAAAGAAUAUGGAAUGAACUCUAUAAGGUGAUAGACUCGUCCGACAUCCUUGUCCAGGUCCUGGAUGCGAGGGACCCCAUGGGGACCAGGUCAAAAUUCGUGGAGACUUAUCUGAAGAAGGAGAAAACCCACAAACACUUAGUCUUUGUGUUGAACAAAGUUGAUCUCGUACCGACUUGGGUUACGAAACGUUGGGUAGCCAUACUCUCUGCAGAGUAUCCAACUCUAGCAUUUCACGCCAGCGUGAAGAACCCAUUUGGUAAAGGCGCCUUGAUACAGCUUCUGCGACAGUUUGGCAAGCUCCAUGUCGACAAGAAACAAAUCAGCGUGGGUUUCAUUGGUUACCCAAAUGUCGGCAAGAGCUCUGUUAUCAACACACUACGUGCCAAGAAAGUCUGCAAGGUGGCACCUGUACCCGGCGAGACUAAAGUGUGGCAGUACAUCACGUUGAUGAGACGUAUUUUCUUGAUCGAUUGUCCCGGUGUGGUCUACCCAUCUGGAGAUACGGAUGCUGAGGUUGUACUCAAAGGAGUGGUGCGGGUUGAGCGUUGUGAGACACCAGAGGACUACAUCCCAGACCUCCUUGCGAGAGUCAAACUAGACUACAUCAAGAAGACGUACAGACUUGUGGAUUGGACGGACGCAAACGACUUCCUGGAACAAGUAGCUCAGAGAACCGGCAAACUGCUCAAGGGUGGGGAGCCAAACAUUCGCACCGUCUCUAAAAUGGUUCUCAACGACUGGCAACGAGGGAAAAUUCCGUUCUUUGUCAAACCGCCAAACUGUGAAACAGAUCCGGUACCUGACAGAGAGGGUGGAAAAGAAACCACAGCGGAAACAACUCCAGUGUCAGCCGACGACUACAAGACGGUAGCACCACCUACAGCUUACUCCAAGGACAAAUCCGUAGCUGAGGCGAAACCGGCCGACGAAAGUGAACAAUCGACGGCCACCGAAGACAAAGUUGUAGUCACAGUCCAGCAGGACUUGAGUGAGAUCCACGUAGGGGUCGAUUUCAGCGGUGAGGAUUUAAGACCUGAAGGAACGGAAGGAGAUGUGGAUCUAGUCAGCGAUGAUGAAGAGGACGACGAAGGUGGAGAGAGCCCUCAAGAGGCUGAUGUCGGAGAGGAAAACAACAAAGAAGAGAGCACGGAGAAAAAAGUCAUUGCGACAAAUGACAGGAAGAAACGGAAGGUUAAGGGCAAGAAACUGAAAACGUCAUCCGCGGCGGCGAUGUUGGCGAAAUAUAAAACGACUGCACAAAGCGCGGAGGACGGGGACUUGGGAGCGACCGCAUUCGGAGUGAAUGCGUUUCUCAGUGCGGAUAAUCUGCAGAUGCUUGCUCAGGUGAAGGCAGCGAAGAAACAGAAUGAGGACAAGACACCAACAGGAACGCCGAGACAGAGUGCACAAAAGAGAAAGAGAGCUGGUCACUCGUACCUGAAGCUGACCGGUGCUGAUGAUGUUGAGGACGGGAAGUCGAAGAUGAAGAGGAGAUACUUCGAUACGGAAGAUGAAGCGGAGAAGAAGACCAGAAAUGCUAAAGAGAGGAGACGAGAAGAGAGGAAUGAACACCCCAAGAAGACUGGCCAGCAUUACUACGCCAAAGCCAACGUCAAGAAUAGAAAUCGAGAAAGGAGUCAAAAACCUGGAGUCCUUAAAGGACAGAAACAGAGGAGAAAAUAAAUUCUGUCCAAAAUUAUGUCUUUAUAAUUUAUCUGAAACCACUUCAUGACACGUAUAUCUGACAAGUUUUUCUAAAAGGGCUCAUGGUGGAGAACUGUUUAACGUCCUGAACAACUUACAGGGAUGAGAUUGUUCUGACUUUUUGGAUGAAUUCAGACCUUUUAUGUCGGCCUGGUCAUGAAAAUCAGACAAUAUUUUUCCCACAAAUAAAGAAAUCCUGCUCUUUGGUCUACUUCCCGAGUGCUUUGGAUAAUGUUUCCAAAAGCUCCUUGGAAUCUAUAACCCCAGGGGUUACCAAACAGUAGAAAUGGCAUCACUUCAACAUACCUUUGAACUUGUUACCAAGUUUCAGACUUUUUUGUUAGUAAGGAGUCUCACCCCUGAACUUAGGAGCACAAUAAUUUCUUGCAGUCAGUGGGAUGGCUGAUGUGUAUAGUCAUCUGGUCAUUCCUUUGUGUAUUGUACACAGGGACAGGCGUGCAUGUUUUCCCCCAUGCAAAUAGGGACAGAAGGUACUGGAAUUUGUGCUUGUAAUCUCCCCUUUUCUCUGAUUGUCAGAUUUUGUUUUCUUUUGUAAAUGUAAAUGUGGAAUGCAAGAAUAGACAACAAAUCUGGCACAAUUUUUAAUCAUUGUAUUUGGCUCAGUGGAACCUAAGGUUGAGCGCUGGAAGAAUCCAGCAUACCAUGGCAUAUAAUCGGCUGUGGCGAACGGCCAAGGUUUUGCAUGGUCACAGUGCAGGAAACUAUUUUUUCGCAACAGAGCAAGAAAUCACUGUGCCCAUUAUUAAAACAUUGGUUGCAUUUUCUUUGUCAAGUCAGGGUUUCUUAGUGACAAUGAUGUUUUUUUUAAGGACAAUUAUUACUUCAGAAGCCCCAAAAAGUUCUGCAAACUAAAACCACACAGGGGCACAGAAAAUUGUUUGAAAAAUCAACACUUACAUAGAGCUGCUUAAGCAGAAAAUAUUGCUUUACAAUUUUCUGCUUAGCA